AUGCACUUCCAAGCACAUCCUUUCAGCCACCCUUGGGUCCAGGUUGAUGGUGUAGCUCCUGAUAAGCCUCUUGAUUCUGCUGUUCUGACUCGUUUGAAGCAAUUCUCUGCCAUGGACAAACUCAAGAAGAUAGCCAUCAGAGUCAUUGCAGAGAUUCUCUCUGAAGAGGAAAUUGCAGGACUCAAAGAAAUGUUUAAGAUGAUAGACACAGAUAAUAGUGGGCAAAUAACGCUUGAGGAACUGAAAAACGGAUUGGAAAGAGUUGGUGCCAAUCUUAAAGAUUCAGAAAUCAAUGGUUUAAUGCAAGCAGCAGAUAUUGACAACAGUGGUACUAUAGACUACGGUGAGUUCGUAGCUGCAAUGCUCCAUCUAAACAAAGUCCAGAGAGAGGAUCACAUGUACGCAGCUUUCUCAUAUUUCGACAAAGAUGGUAGUGGUUGCAUCACCGCAGAUGAGCUGCAACAUGCCUGUGAGAAGUUUGGUUUGGAAGAUGUUCAAAUAGAAGACCUUAUCCGUGAAGUUGAUCAGGAUAAUGAUGGGCGCAUUGAUUACAAUGAGUUUGUCGCUAUGAUGCAAGGUAGUACUGGUUUUGGCCAGAAGGGAUUACAAAACAGUGUAGGCAUCGAGUUCAGGGAUGCCUUUAAGCUUGAUACUACUUGAUCCUAGUGCACAGAAACCGUUAAAACAGACACAAUAGUUGUCUCCUUUUUAUAUCUUGGAAAAAUUGGGUGUCCAUAAUGUUGUAAAGAGCAGUCAUUAGGUCUUUUUUGUCCUGGACAACACUGUUCAUACUCCGUUUCUCGAGUUUACCAUUGUCCUUUUUUUUGCCCUCCUUUUGAUUUGUAGACUUGACAGUUCUAUAAUGAAAUGCAUUUUGACACAUUGUGUGUGUGGCACAAGGAUUCUAGAGUUCAACUCAAAACCGCUCAUUUCCUAUCUCAUAGGAAGGACCAGAAUAUUUGAUUUUGUGAAGUUAGUGUUAAAGUCUCUACUGUUGCCCUAUG